AUGGAUACCGAUCGGGACUUGUUCCCCAGCAUUCCAGCGCAUGAGAGCGAAAACACGCCCUCACUGCGCUGCUGUUGCGGCAGGGAUGACUGUGCGCUGCUAGAGCAUAAUAAUGUUGCGCUGAUGGGGUUGGAGAAGGAUCUUGCUAAUGCUGCUAGACUUGGUCAGGCUCUGCUGCACCGUCAUGAGAGUUACAUGGCCGAGGCGGAAAAAGACCGCCAAAGUCUCCUGGACAGCGUCGAUAUGCUGGAACGCGAGAAACAUGCUGUCCAGGCGGAGAAUACGCGUAUUGUUGAAGAGAAUCGCGCGUUACUUGAGCAGCUCGAGGGUCUUAAUAUGUCGGUGACUGAGUCCGAUGAGACUAUCAAGUCACUUACGGCUAUGCUGGAAAAUACGCAAGCUGAGUUGAGGGUGUUGACUGUUGCUGCCGCCAGAGCGGCGGAUUUGGAGGCGCAGAUUGUGCUCAUGGAAACGGAACAGGAGAGAUUGCAGCAGAGUUUGGCCAACGUGCAGGAGGAUGAGAAGAGCGCUAUGCAAAGAUGGAGAAAUGCGCAAGUUACUCUGAGAGAUCUUGAGGAUCAGGUGGAGCGCAUCGAGGCUGAGGCGAGGCAAGAGCGUCAGAGGCAUGAGGAGGUUGUGGAGCGUAUGGAGCGCAAGAGAAUCGUUGAGCGCGAACUGGACAAUGCGGCUGGACGUCUAAAAGGCGCGGCUGCUGCAUCGGGGAAUCCGGGAACCAAUGUGGUCUCGCGCUUCGUCAAGGAUAUCCUGCAGGACAAUGCGAAUCUGCAGGUCGGAAUCAUGGAGUUGCGGGAAAUGCUUGAGAGUUCGAAUAACGAGGUCCAAAAUCUUCGGGAUCAAGUCAUGUAUCACCAACCGCUGGCCGGUAUUGGUGAAGAUGGAAACGAGUUCUCUGCAUCCACGACCCUGAGCGAAGAACUGGAAUCGAAAGAGGAAGAUUUAAAGGAACGCCGUGUGUCACAGGAGUUCCAUAUCCAUCACCACUAUCACCCACCAACAUCUUCGAAAAAGGACAAAGCUACACUCAACCGACGCGUGAAGAAGAGACGUCCUCUUCUCGGAAGCCCUGUAGCUCUACAUUCUGCUAUGGGAAACUCCCCCCGUCGCUCCAUUCAUCGCUCUCAGUCCUCUGGCUCAUCUAUGAACACUAUUUUGUCCCAAACAUCCGUCUCGAUCCCACCGCAAUCUCGCCGCUGGUCCCUGCAAACACCUCCAGCAAGCUCAUUAGCAAGUUCUCCGCAAUCCGCAUUCCAAUCAUCAUCCAUCUUCGACCGCAUUGACCGUGGAUCCGAAUUCUCCCAACCUACCAGCCCUGAAAGCACCGUCUUCUCUUCACCUCUAAUGGCAGCGCGCAACUUCAAAGCCUUCGACUUGCCAACCCGUCCCAUGAUGGAUCCACCAGAUAAUUUGAGUCUCUUGAAUGAAGACCAAAACGACCGUUCAGGCUUCCUCAAUUUAGGCGAGAGCAUCAACCAUCAUCCCUCUAUCCCCGAAGAAUCAGAAUCGUCCCCAACAGGGGACUACUCCCAGGCCAUCACAGACCACUCUGAAAAUGUCUUCGACUUGCAAAUGCAAUAUAGUCUCCGAAAGUCCGCGUCCCACGACAGUCUUCUCUCAGUAGCAGGCAUGGACAUACACACACCCACAAACCGCCGAUCACGCAUGGGUGACUGGCACCCCGGCAUGCGCAUCCCCCAACGCAUCGUCUCUCCCAGUAUCGAGCUGCUCUCGACUCCACCCGUCCUCUCCGCUCCGAUCAUCAUCGCAGACCGCGCAAGAGCACCUGAUCAGUCCUCUCGCUCGUUGCUAGCUUCCAUGGCCGCGGGAAACAAUCUUACUUCGGAGUCCGCUUCCAUUGCAUCAGCAGAUAGCAACAGCACAAGCUCCACUGCAACCCUAGGUCCGCGCAAACCAGCAACCCUGAGCCGCCGCGUCGGAGGCUGGGUCCUCGGUCGUUGGGGCAUGGCUCCAACUUCAGACGAAAUCCAUCCUCCCGAAUCUGACGUUGGUUCUGAUUCAAUACCGACAACAACGCCAGCGCCAGCGCCGGCUCCUACUACGGAUAUAGCGCCUAGAUCAUCAACUCCAACCCUCAAGGCAAAUCCAACCCACAAUCCUCUCCGUUUCCGCUAUCCAGGCGUGAACCAAAAAGGUCCCAUAAUGGGCCUUCGCCCUCCGCCUCAACCUCCCAUCCGCAUCCAUCCACAAGGCGUAGAUGAAGAACUUUUAAGGGGAAACUCUCGCCGAGUGAUUCUCGAUCCUGCACAUAGAACACAGGCUACUAUCCCUGUUUUCCCUUGCAUUAUACCCCUCAUUCAGUUCGACCUCUAUUGGUCUGUAUAG